AUGGAUCUCAACAAGGCAACCACCCCGUUGCCUAACCAGCCCCAAACCAAACUACCUCCUCUCCCCAAAGGCUCCCGCAUCCAAAAGCGACCCAUCCCCCGCCGCAACCCGGCGACCACAUCCAACCUAACAUCCGCCGUCGACGCCGACGGGUACCGCACCCCCGCGACGGCGAGCGGCCGCGCCCCGACGUGCGUCUACGUCUCGGCCCGCGCGCCGUUCAUGGCGGUCGUCAAGCGAGUGCGCAAGGCGCUCGACGGAGGUGCCGCUCCUGCUUCUGCCGGCGCUGGUCGGGGGACGAGGGGGCUGCCGCUCGCGGCGCGCGUGGCGGCGCUGAGCACGGGUGGUGAUGAUGGUGGUGGUGGUGGUGGUGGAGGAGGAGGAGGAGGUGGAGGGGGGGAUGAGGUCGUGGUGAUGGGUACGGGGCGCGCGAUCGAGAAGACGCUGAAUGUGGCGGCUUGGUUUGAUCGGCAGAAGGACUGCCGGGUGAGCCUGCGGACGAGGACGAUUGGGGCGGUGGAUGAUGUGGUGGUUGGGAGGGUGGAAGGCGCGGGGGAGGAGGACGACGACGGCGAUGGGGAGGGGGAGGAGGGGGAUCAUGCGAGAGUACGGAUGGUUAGCUGCUUGGAGGUUGUGGUCAGGCUACGCUAG